CAACGAAUUCUGCUUGUCGUCCAUCUGCUGUUCAUGACUAGUAACAAGACUUAUUCUCCAUAACCAACAAGGCCAUCGCGAACGAUAGAAAAGUAACUGAGGACUUUAGUAUACGCUGUAGGUAAAAGACGUGUGGUUACGCCGAGUGUAGGCCUUGUCAUGGUUUCCUUCCCUCUCUCCAAGGCUCAACUUUGCUAGUGCAUACUUGUUGCAAACACUUUAGGACACUUUUUGAAGCGCAAUGUCGUCAGAUGCCACCUUAUCUCUCCAUCCCGCUCCUCGAGCAACCCGUCGUAGUAUGGGGCAAUCUGACUCGACCGCUGGCACAAAACGGAAAGCCCCUGUGGAGGAUACUAGUGACACCGCUUUGGCUCACCGAGUUGCAAACGCUGCACAGCUGCACUAUGUACAACCACCCACAACAGAGCUAAUGGAAGCGGGUCUACCCAAUGGUCAAAAUGGCACCAUUCCGUCUGACAACCUGAACAUUGGAGUCACAUCAAAAACAACUAGGCGAAAAACCAAACGCCAACGUGUCUCUGAGCCUGUAGACAACCUGUCUGAGAGUCCAACUCCCCAAACUCCAAAGUCUCACAUAUCUCCUAAAUCUGGUCUGCCCGCAGAGCACGAACCGGCAGAUAUUGAACCAAUUAACGGGAAAUUUUCUGUUCCUACAUCGCCCGAGCCGAUUCUCACUACCACCAUCCCUCAAAUCAACAAUAGCCAUCCGAGUCCACCAGACGUGGAACGUUCGAAAGAUCACGGACGAAGUGCAGCCCAGACCAGCGAUAUGGAGCCUUCUAAUGAUGACUCUUUCCUACCAAGCUCCCCCACCCUUCCAACACCGUAUAGAGCUUCUACCAGAGCGACCGCCGGUCGUACCGCCCGAAAGACACAGAUACCACCUUCUCACGAGCAUAAUACGCGAAGAAGAGCAAAGGUCACAACAGCUCCCACGUCAUCCGAGCGCAUAGCCGCACCGGUUUCCCGGCAAUUGCCAUUUGCCAAUGGUGGAUCGGUGAUAAAUCUGAAGACGAAAGCCCCAUUGACUAACGGUCCGCAGCCACGUGCUGCCGGCGCAGAAGAUGACGCUAUAAACGAUGUGAUGCUGUUUGAUGAUGAAAUCAGGGCAGACGAUGACGAGGACACCGUUAAAAAGAAGCUGCUCGUAAAAGCCGCAAAGGAAGAAAUGGUUAGAAUUGGUCAGGACUAUGCCAAGCUCAGAGAUCGUCGCAUACAGCUUGAGCUUGACGCCAUUGAACUCGAACAAGAGCAAAUUAGAAAAGGUACACAUCUAUGCUAUGCGGAGUUGGACGCCAAAUAUAAAGGCAUAGAGAAAGUCAACAUGAACCGGCAACGCAUGCAGAGGGAAUACGCCCAUGUACAAUACGAGGCGGCCGUCAAGCAAGCGAAUGAUACAUUUAUCGAUCGACGUGGUGAUACGCGACGAAAGAUGAUCGACUCAAUAAAUGCAAAAAAAUGGAAAAUGGUCGCAGAGAAGCUUAGAAAUGACGAGCAAGAGCUCUGGGCUUUUGAACCAACACCCGCAGAAACAUUCGUGCGCAAACGGCAAAUAGAAAUAGAUCAACUCAAGCGCUCAACCACAGGCAUUCCACCCUACGCCGCCAAAUAUCCUUCCCCCAUCAAACGCAAGCUGCAAGAGAACAAACGACGAGGCGGACGAGUGAUCGUUCCUCCACGACUCUGCGAGGGCUUGCAAAAGUCGGAAAUAGACAUGGAUCUUGACAUCAUCAGAGCGUAUCAGCAAGCAGGACCUUCUGCAUCGGUUGAUCAGUGAUAUGACCCAAUACCUUUGGACUAUGUGACUGACGGGGAAGCGGAACAGCUGUUGACACUCUACUUUGCUCCCCUCAACAUCCUUUCCCCCAACCCUUGCAACCUGUAUCUUCAUCAACUGCACACUCACCACCGCGCGAGCAUCGCCCACACUCAACCAAUACCCCAACAAUGUAAUUCCCAACCUUGGAAUUUUUGUUGUUUCCAAGAUUCUUUGGAAUCUCUCAUCAGAGUCUGUGGGCAUCUGUAAAUAGUAGUCUUCAUUCUGUUCUAUAGAUUAUUCAAUCAUCAAAGCUCAUUUAUUGUUAAGGGAAAC